CACCCCUCCGACCGUUUCUAAGACAUGGCGCCCCGCGGCCGAAGCGCAACGGCAGGCGACGAUGCCCAUACCGAUCGCAGCUACGACUCGAGCCCGGAUCCGCUGGCCCUCUCCUUCGACAACACCAUCACAUCCGCCCGCAAGCCCAGGCCGCGUGACUCCAUGGCGGGCAGCUCGCCGACCAAGCAGAACCGCAGACUCGAGGCCUCGGAGAUGAUGUUCUCGUCGCCCACCAAGUCCAUGAUCAUGAGCACACCACGAGGCGGCGGCGCGAGCCCCUGGCGCAUCAAGGUCACCGUCCAGGCUGAACCCGGAAGCGACGACGUCAACGCAGAAUCCCCGUCCGUGAAGCGGGUCACAACGAGAACCAAGACGACGACCGUGCCAUUGAAGGACCCUGAUGCCUCGUCGCCUGUCAAACGCCCCCGCGGACGGCCGAGGAAGUCUGACGUGGGAGCCACUCCUAAGCCGAAGAGGAAGGGAACGCCAGUCAAGAGACGCGCACGAUCCGGGUCACGCGAGUUGAAUAUGAAGGGUGGAGAGUCAAGUGCAGCCGAUGUGGACACCGAUGUGCCGCCAAAGAAGCGGAGAGGCCGGCCCAGGAAGGUCGUCGCUGUGGCCGAGGAUUCAGGGACACGGGAAGGGUCGGUGCAAGAUACUACGCCUGGACUUCCUUCGAGUUCAAAGUCCGGAACCUCAAAAAAGAGCGCGCAUUUCGCAGAUCUUCCCGGCCCCACUACCGAGACCAUGAGCGAUGCGUUGAUGCAGGCUGAGGAAUUACCCAACUUGAGCUCGCCGAUACAGAGGAGCACGAGGCAGGAUUUGCGAACGCGCAAGGGCACCCCACAUGCGAACAAAGUGGUACUCAUGGAAUCUGACGAGCACGAAGAGGAGGGAAGCGAUGUUCUUACGCCGACGAGUGGAGACGACGCAGAGCCUAUACAGCCCGAGGAUCUCGAUUUCUCGGAAGAUGGCCAUGCCAGCCUCCCAACACCCAGCGAAAGCUCCGCCCAUGCGAGCGAUGCGGAAGAUGACCAAGCUCAAGCCUUCGAAGACAACGAACCCGAUGAUCGAAAUACCGCAGAUGCCGCUUUUGACGAGGGGACGAUGAGGAUGCGAGACGACACAGUUGGCAACGAGAGCUUCACUAUGAUUUCACUUGAUACGUUGCUUAGUAACGGACCGCGAAGUACGCGAAAGCCUGCAGAUACCCACAACGCCACAGCGCCAGCCAUCGGAUCAUCACUGAGAAACGAAUAUCCCGAGCCAAAUACAGCUAUAACGCACAAGGCUGGACCAUCGACUAGCGGAGAGCCCGCACCUCCAUCCCAGACCUUCACAGCACCCUCGCGCUCUGAACGGCCAAAACUAUCGCGUUUCGUGACACCUGUUAUAGAUGCCGACAUUCCAUCAGCGCCGCCCGCUCUAGAGCCUAGUCCACCCAAAGCUCAAACACCGACGCUCGGCCGUGUAGUUACCGCUGGCGUAGCUUUACAAGGCUUGCUGGAUCCCACUCGUCUUUCGUCUACGCCCGAACCUCCUCAACAGGCACUCGACAAGAAGCGCGACGAGCUUGAUGAUCUAUUCCGGGGAUUCAGCGAGGGCACGCGGAAAGAGCUUCAAGCGGGCUUACGUCUUGGUGAGCAGCUUGCGGGCCAGCCAUAUGAAGAGAGUGUGCCCGCUCCUUCAAGUCCCAUCAAAAGCUAUCCUACCGUAGCCCCCAAACAAGGUGUGUUCCGAACGCAUCGAAAACGUCAGUCACGUCUUCUUACUCCCGAAGACCAGGAUCAUGCCGUCUCAUCAGUGGAGCCAACCGUCACAGUGGACGAGGUGCAAUACCCGGUUUUGAAUGUCCAAGAGGAGAGUGUACCGGUGAGCCCUGCAAGGAGCGAGGGUGAGAUGAGCUGGCGGGCAGACACACCUCCAGCGAAACGAACUGGCUUGACGGAAAGAGAUGAUGAGAUGGAAAAAUCCCGGCACGGUCAACCUGCAGAACAGGCAGACAAACCUGCGCAAUGGGAUGACUUCGCUGACAUCUGGCAAGAAGAGGCUAGUCGUUCGCUGAUCUCAGCUGAGGAGGAGGAAGCGCCUAUACAGAAGGAAGCCCUUGUGGAAGAAGAGAAGUCGCUCCGCGACGUCUUCACAGAGGACAUUCCCACCAAAUCGGCUGCAAGAACCUGGCGUCGUAGAAAGGCGAAUGAAGCUCUUCGCAACAAUAAAGUCGAGUUACAGCGAGAACCGAGCCCUGUCCAGGCGGAACCUGCAGUCAUAGAACCACCCGAAGUUGACGAAGACGAAGACGAACAGGAAGAGCAGGAGGAGGAUGUCGUAACUCCACUGGAGGAAGACAAGCCGAUCCAGAUUGACGAUGAGUCGAGUCCGGCAAGCGAGGCCAGUGAUGACACCGGCAUGUUUUUCCAGUCGAAUAUGCCCAAUGUUUUCAACCAAAAGCGACCAUCUCGCUUCGAACAACGACGGCAGCGAAGACAAGAGAAGGAGAAAGCGAGCCUGUCUGAACUUCUUGACCAAGGUGAAAGCUUCGUUCCAGAGUCCUCGCCGCCGCCCAUGGCGACAAAGAAGCCGUCUCCGACAACAAAGACAAACCCGUUCAUUGACACACCACCUCGCUUCCCUGCACUCAUGAGUUCACCAAAGAAGAGCAGUCCUUUGAGGCGAGAACUUCAAAGCGCCGAUAUCUCAACAAGUUCGGUGCAGUUUGAAGAGUCUACACUACCACUUGCUCAAAGCUCACCGUUCCACACCAUUGUGGAUGGCGAUAGCAAAAUCUCUGCAGCAUCCGAUCAACGACAAUUCCGUGUAGAGAUGGAGGGUAACACAGCUUCUACGAUAGUUCGCGUGCGUGAGGAAGCGAAUGAAUAUCUGGAUGCCUACGAGCCGCAAGAGCGGACUUUAAACGACCUUACCGAGGUCACUGAGGACCCCAGCAGAGUUUUGCACCAAGAUCGCAGUCGUCUUCCGUCUAGUCCACCAAAGAUGCAGCAACGGUUUCAGCAAAACUUGUUAUCUGCCCGCAAGCCUUCGCCACUUUCCCAGGCCUCGCAUCAAUCCGAAGAGGCACCCGCAUCGUCACCACAACGACCAUCCGCCCGCUACAACGGCCCUCAGGUUGUCGACGAGUCAAUCGAAAGUUCCAUCAGCGAGGAGUCGCAAGCUAGCCCAGAAGCAAGCAGCCGGCCUGCCACAUCUCCACCCCAGCAACCGCAUCUCGUAGACCGCGUAAAGUCCACCAUCCUCCGACCACCACCACCAUCCCCUCACCCAAUCAUCUCCCGCCUAACUCCCCUCCCAAAAAUCGAACCCUGGACACGAACACACUACAAAGCCCUCGACAAGCUCUACACAACGCACCUCAAGCACCCCGCCCUCUUCAACCCCUCCACCGUGCCCCCAACCCCCCUCUCAGCCACAAACCACUACCUCCUCCGCCAAUUCAUCUCCCGAAACGGAAACCUACCUUACGUAGGCGCCAUAUUCCACGCCUGGGGCUACAGCAUGGAGAUGACGGAGGAGUUGGUUGUUAUGUGCAGCGUUUUCAUGCAGUUGCUCACUCUGGAGAAUGAAGAAGAGUAUCUUGAGGUUACGGGGAAGAGGCUCCAAGUGGGCGAUUGUGCGCCGGGAAAGCUUGGGGAGUUGAUUACGGGGCAGGAGGUGCUUAGGAGGUGCGCGACUGUUGUUAUGGGUGAGAGUGUGAGGAGGGAUGAGAGGGAGGGGAGAGCGAUUGAUAGAAGUUUGGGGUUGGAGGUUGAGUGGCCGCUGGGGAGAAGGUGAUUGCUGGGAUGGUUGGAAUGGGGGUUUUGAGAUUGGCGUUUUGGGUUGGAUGCGCAUAUGAAUGUUAUGAUACCUGGUUAUUUCUUUUUGGAUAGGUGGUUUUGGAGUUUGUAGGAUGUUGAGAUACCUCUCCUUGGGUUGUUGAUGCUAUUGGAUUUCACUAGAUAUGUUGCUGCUAGUAGGUGACUUUCGAGGUGUAAUUUUGGUUACUAUUACAUGAUAGGAAGGUUUCAGGCAUCGUUUGUGUCGUAUGUAUUGCGGGACUCGCGAGUGACUCGUCGUCUAUGGGUCAUCGCAGUGCUAAGAGAUGACAAAAUUGGUGAUCCAUGUUUUUGAUCAGAGACAUCUUCCAACACGUGAGAUGUAAUACCCCAUGUAGAGUUAUACAUUAUCGCUUGAGAAUGCAC